GCGGAGGCGACUCCCGGAGCCAUGUCCUACAUCCCGGGCCAGCCCGUCACGGCCGUGGUGCAAAGGGUUGAAAUCCACAAACUCCGCCAGGGCGAGAAUCUCAUCCUGGGCUUCAGCAUCGGAGGGGGCAUCGACCAGGAUCCUGCCCAGAAUCCCUUCUCGGAGGACAAGACGGACAAGGGCAUAUAUGUCACUCGCGUGACAGAAGGUGGACCGGCAGAAAUGGCGGGGCUUCAAGUCGGCGACAAAAUCAUGCAGGUGAACGGCUGGGAUAUGACCAUGGUGACUCACGACCAAGCUCGCAAGCGGCUGACCAAACGGAACGAGGAAGUGGUCCGGCUCCUGGUGACCAGGCACUCUCUGCAGAAAGCGGUCCAGCAGUCGAUGCUGUCCCAGCCGUGCCACUGAGCGAGGGGUGGGU